UACAUAGCUGAAUACUAGUAACACUAAGCCUGUAGCAUAUAUACAGAUCUAGCCCGUAUGAUGCUUCCCCAACUACUCAGCUGUUGUUCUUCCAAGAUGCAUCUCCUGUUCACUACCCUCAUCGCCAUAAGCAUCGCUUCAUCUUCACAAGUGGUGCAUGCCCAUGGCGGCGGCUGCAUCCCAGCCGAGAGGGCCGCCUUGAUCUCCUUCCACAAGGGCAUCACAAGUGACGGCGAUCAUGCCCUCGCCUCGUGGCAGGGACAUAUUGCUGCCGGUGGAGGGGCAUCAGCUGCAACAACCAGACAGGCCAUGUCAUCAAGCUUCGCCUUCGCAAUACAAUUCCGUACACUUUCAAAGGUCCAUGCAGUAAUGCUAAUUCAUUGUUUGGCGAGAUAAGUCCCUCUCUACUUUCCUUGAAGCAUCUAGAGCACCUGGAUCUUAGCAUGAACUGUUUGCUAGGCCCAAAUAAUUAUAUUCCUCAGUUCUUGGGCUCCAUGGAGAACUUGAGAUAUCUUGACCUCUCUGGCAUUCCAUUUACUGGUAGAGUUCCUUCUCAACUUGGUAACUUGUCUAAGUUGCAGCAUCUUGACCUUGCCCAGGUUGGUUUUUUUCCGAGAUGUAUUCAACGGAUAUCACCUGGUUAACAAAGCUACCAUUGCUGCAGUACCUUAGCAUGAGCAAAAUAAAUCUCUCAGUGAUAACCGACUGGUCUCGUACCUUGAAUAUGAUUCCAUCUCUAAGGGUUAUCAAUCUUGUUCAAUGUUCACUUGAUACUGCAAGCCAAUCGCUUCCUUACCUUAACCUCACGAAACUUUAGAAGCUUGAUUUGUCAAGGAAUCAGUUAGGCCACUCAAUUGCAUCAAGUUGGUUUUGGAAAGUGACGACCCUCAAAUACCUAAAUGUUGGUUGGAACCAGUUAUUUGGAAAAUUUCCGGACGCACUAGGAAACAUGACAUCACUCAAGGUACUUGAUUUGUCAUUCAACCAUCUGAAUAGGACUGAAAACCUUAUGACCGUUCUUGAAAAUCUUUGCUGUUUGGAAAUCCUCAACCUCUCUAUCAAUUCUAUGAAUGGGGAUAUAGUGGAGGUGAUGGAGGGGUUACCGCGAUGCGCAUGGGGAAAAUUGUCAGAGCUGCAUUUCCAUCAAAACGAAUUCAUUGGGACCCUGCCAAAUUUUAUAGGGCAAUUUAGCAGCUUGAGCAUACUUGACCUGUCUAGCAACAAUCUUGUUGGAUUUCUACCACCAGGGACUUGGAAUUUGGCGCAUUUAACUGACCUUGAUAUCAGCCUGAAUCAGCUCAAUGGGAAUGUACCAACUGAAAUUGGUGCCCUUACUGCUCUGACUUCUUUGGACAUAAGCGGCAACAACUUGACCGGAAGUAUACCAGCCGAGCUUGGAAAAUUGAAGCAUUUGAAUACUCUUUCUCUCGGAGGGAACAAAUUUACUGGACCAAUACCAUCAGAGGUUAUGCAUUCAACUAGCUUAACCUUCCUAGUCCUCUCCAAUAAUCACCUUAAUGGAAGUGUACCCACUGAAUUAGGUUCUCUCAAGAUUCUGGAUUAUCUGGACCUAAGCAACAACAACCUUAGUGGUCUGAUCACAGAAGAACACUUUGCAAACCUAAAAAGUUUAAACUCCAUAGACUUGUCUUCCAAUAACUUGAAGAUUGUAGUGGAUUCAGAUUGGCAUUCUCUGUUUAGGCUACAAUAUGCAGAUUUUCGAUCUUGCCAGAUCGGUCCUCUCUUUCCAGCUUGGCUUCAGCAGCUGCGGGGGAUCACUAAACUUUACAUUUCGAGCACUGGUUUGGACGACAAGUUUCCUGAUUGGUUUUGGUAUACAUUUUCACAGACAUUACAUCUCGACAUCUCUAACAACCAAAUAAGUGGCAGCUUGCCAGCACACCUGGAUGGUAUGGCUUUGGAAACUCUUUCUCUAACAUCAAACCAGCUCACCGGGUCAAUACCUUCAUUGCUGGCAAAUAUCACUGCGUUAGACAUCUCCAACAAUAACUUUUCAGGAAUAAUACCAUCAAAUUUUGAAGCCUCCCAACUUGAACUAUUGAUUGUCUAUUCAAAUCGAAUUGUUGGGUCCAUUCCAGAACCUGUUUGCAAAUUGCAACAACUGUUUUAUCUGGAUUUGUCAAACAAUUUUUUGGAGGGUGAAAUUCCUCAGUGUUUUGACAUCCAAAAACUACAGUAUUUCGUGCUCAGUAACAACAGUUUAUCAGGAAAGUUCCCUGCAUUUUUGCAGAAUAACACAAAUAUGGAGUUCUUGGAUCUUGCAUGGAACAAGUUGUCUGGAAGAUUGCCUACAUGGAUUGGAGAUCUGGGGAAUUUAGGUUUUGUACUCCUGAGCCACAAUGCAUUUUCUGAUAGUAUUCCAGUCGACAUAACAAUGCUUAAGUAUCUUCAAUACCUGGAUCUAUCAAGCAAUAAUUUUUCUGGUGCAGUACCUUGGCAUCUGUCAAACUUAACAUUUAUGACAAAGGUAAAUAUGGAUUUUGUGGAAAUGUAUCGAGUCAUGGGAUACAAAAUGAUCGUGAUGGAACCUGGUCUAUUCGGAGAUAUAUUUUCAGUGGUUACAAAAGGACAACAACUUGUGUAUGGUAAAACACUUGCAGAUUUUGUAAGCAUUGAUUUAUCAAGCAACUCCUUGACUGGUGAAAUCCCUGGAGACAUCACUUUCCUUGUUGCACUGAUGAAUUUGAAUUUAUCAUCAAACAAAUUGAGUGGACAAAUUCCAAACAUGAUUGGGGCCAUGCAGUCACUGGUAUCUCUUGACCUCUCUGGGAACAAGCUCUCCGGUGGAAUCCCGUCCAGCUUGUCAAGUCUAACAUCUUUGGAGGCCUUGAACCUAUCCUACAACAAUUUAUCUGGAAGGAUACCCUCUGGCCGCCAACUUGACACCCUCAAUUUGGACAACCCGUCAAUUAUGUACAUCGGCAACAGUGGACUUUGUGGGCCUCCUCUCCACAACAAUUGUUCAGGAAAUGGUACUUCUAUCGAUGGUGAUCUCGGAAGCAGCAAGCAAGAGUUUGAUCCACUGACCUUUCAUUUUGGUUUUGUGCUGGGACUUGUGGCGGGGCUCUGGAUAGUGUUUUGUGCACUGUUGUUCAAGGGGACAUGGAGAAUUGCUUUUUUCCGGUGAUGUCACCGCGUCGCCUCGUCGGGCGGCAGCGCCACCUCCCCGUGGUUCUCUUCGCCACUCCACCGACUCGCGCGCUGCCGCUACGUCGCCCCUUCGGGCCGUAGCACCGCAGCACGCUGUCCCUGCCGCCGCCCGUGGUCAUCCCCGUGGUUGCACCGACCUGCGCGCUGCCGCUGUGUCGCCCUUUUGGGUCAUAGUUUUGCGGCCCGCGGUCCACCGCCGCCCCGAGGCCGUCAGCUCUAGGCUGUACCCGCGGCUGCACCGACCCUCACGCUGCCGCUGCGUCGCCCCGCCGGGCCGUAGCAAGUGUGACGCGCGGUCCCUGCUGCCACGCGAGGUCUUCCUGCCGUCGCCCUGAUUAGUAUGCUGACGAUGUGUCGCCGCUUCAGGCCGUAGCACCGUGGUAUGCGGUCCACUGCGUCGUUCCCGUGCGUCGACUUCCACGUGGUACGUGCCACAUAGCCUCCCUUGGCGCGAGAACGCCACUAUCGGCACUGGUCUUCGUCACGCUAUUAGGUUCUUCCUCACCUACUUCGAGCAUUGUCGCCGUGCUCCUAACCCAGCCGCCCGUCCGCGGCUGCUGCUCUUCUUUGGCUCCAUUGCUACUCGCUCACCCAAGUCGCACCGCCCAUCCACCCCAUUCAUCUUCGUACAACACCAGCUCAUCACCAACGUCGACGUCAUGUUCCCCGACCACUUCGUCUACUCUGAACAUCGUCGGCGACAUCGGCCCCACGCCAAUUGGCGUCGCAACUGUUGUUGAGUCCUCCUCCGCUAACCCCUCCGACUCCUCCGACAUAGCGUACAUCUUUUGCAGGUCCCCGGCUUCGCAUGUCCGGUGCUAUCAAUAUCGACGCGUGCCAUCGUCCACGACAUGUCCCCGGGCCUGGCAAGCCUGGAGCGACACUUCAUCAACUUUGUCUUUGUCCAUCUAUGCAUGUCUGGUGCUGGCAACACCGACGCGAGCCUUCGUUCACGACGUGUCCGGUGUCCCCGGACUUGGCAAACCCAGCGCGACGCCUCAUCAACACCGUCUUCUUCCUGGCUCACCACUACCUCCUCGUCAUUGUGUCCAUGACUAACUCGGCGCCUCUUUGCGCCCGCAGCUCCACGACGACUCGCUCGACACCGGCCACCCCAACUCGACAUCGACCACGGCUACCUCGAGCACGGCUAUACCAACCCACGCUUUCGGCUACCUCAACAACGACACAAAGGGCUAUCAACUCGCUGGGGCAACUCGUCGGCUUCCUCUACAGUCCACGCGUCUGCGACCCGUCGCCGCCCACGAUGCUCCCGCUGCGACUGCGGGGGGAUGUCAGCCCAUUGGCUGCUAUUCUCUCCAGCCUGACCGUCCGCGAUGCUUCUGUUGUUCGCAACGCUACCGCUACGACUGCGGUGGGAUGUUAGAGAUAUAUUUGGCGUUUAGAGAUUGCCCGGGAUUAGAUAAAAAUUGUUUUCAUCUUAUCUCUUGUAGGCGUCUUGCCCUCCAAGUUUUAUACUACCUCCGUCCUGGUUUAUUGGUCCCCUUUGUAUUUUUUGCCAAAAUUUAACCAUAGAUUUAACUAACAAAAUAUUAAUGCAUAUCACCAAAAAUUAGAUUGUUAGAUUCGUAUUUGAACGUAAUUUUCAAUAUUAUUAUUAUUAUUAUUAACAUGCAUUAACAUGUGUUAGUUAAAUCUUAGGUCAAAAUUUGACACAAAAUCCAAGGAGAACCAAUAAAGCAGCCCUCAGUAUAUACUCGUCCUCAAGGCUCAGUAAUGCAUCCAGCAGAUUAUGCCAAUCCUCGCUCUCUAUCUCUUCUGACAGGGUCCAAUAAACCAGAACGGAGGUAGUAUAUAUGUGUCUCAUCAGAUUAGUAUAUACUCUCUUUUUUCUAGAAUACGCAAGAUGAGUGUACUCUCACAUGAGAAAUCCAAGCCAAUGCACGAAUCUUUAUACUCCCUCCGUCACGGUUUAAAAGGCGCGCUUGGAAAUUCUUUGGGACCUAUGUGGUUAUCUAUUGGUAGUGGGAUGGGCUAAAAAAUAACAUUCACACUACGCAUGCAUAUAGAAAUAGUAUAUCGAUGUACUAAUUAGCUACUAGAAAUAAAUGCAAUGCGCCUUAAACCUUGUUUAUUGUGAAAACCCACAUAAAUUUAACUGUGCCUUCUAGAAAUAGUACGUUUCUUGAGCCAACAACUACAGAAUUCCGAUUAAUUUUUGCCCUUGGUUAUCACAAGUCAAAGUAAUGCAAACCGACCCGACGUCCGAGGUGUCAUCCCAGAUCCUUCUACACCAGUCCGCACCCACCUCUGCGCGCGUAUGGUCGGCACGGCACAGCUGGUUAGCCUUUGCAUCUGGUGUCGGAUCGGAUCGGAUCGGCGCACGUUGCUAGCGACGGCCUCGGGGUUCACAUGCCCCAUUAAUGGCGUGUUUGGCGGGUUGACCACCUCGGGUCGGGUCCCAUCACUUGUCUAAUUGCAAUUAACUGCGCCAGCUGACCGUCGAACAGAGAGCCGUUUGCCAUAUUCUCUCCGUUUUUAUUUACUCUGCAUAUUAGAGUUGACUAAAGUUAAACUUCAUAAAGUUGGCUAAGUUUACAGAAAAUAAUAUAGACAUUUAUCAUAAUAAUUCUAUACGAUGUGAAAGUACAUUUAAUAAUAAAUCUAAUGUUGUUGAUUUGUUAUUGUAUAUCUUAAUAUUUUUGUAUAUAAACUUGAUCAAAGUUUGUAAAGCUUGACUUUGACCAAAGCUAAUAUGCAAACUAAAUAAAAACGAAGGGAGUACUAUUCAUGUACUAUUCUAAUCCAAGUCGCUGACUUGCAGGAGUAAGGAUGAAGCUACUCCAGGUGCGAGUGGAUCCAUGCGGGCUCACCGCCCAACCCUUCCUAGUCAAACCUCUUACUGCAACCACGCACAUGGAGAUCACUAGGACGCCCGCAAACAGCCUGCUGCGUGUAUAUAAACACAUACUCUACAUAUGCGCCACAGGCAGAGGUUACCCAACACACAAAUUUACAAUCUAGUUUGAGCCGAAGGAGAGAGAAGAAGAGUUUACCCAGCACACAGAUUUAGACAGAGGGAGGGAAGAAGAGGCUACUCAGGACACAAAUUUAGAAUGUAGUUAGAGCAGAAGGAGAGAAGAAGAGUUUACCCAGGGCACAGAUUUAGAAUGUAGUUAGAGCAGAGGGAGAGAAGAAGAGGUUACCCAGCACACAGAUUUAGAAUGUAGUUACAACAGAGGGAGAGAAGAAGAGUU